AUAAAGUGGAUGGGUGGGGAGAGAAGAAAAAAAAGGUAAAUUAAAAGAGAGAGAGAGAGAGAGAAAGAAACGGGCACUUUUAGUAUAGGCCACGGACGCUUUCAGCCCUAAUUCAAUGCUUUACCAAACUCACCACUCCUUUUUAUUCCAAUUUCAUCCCUUUACUUGUUCAAUCCCUUCUUCUUCUUCAACCACCUCAACCUCAACCUCAACCUCAACCUCUCUCCUCUCCUCUCUCUCUCCUCAUCCUCCUCUGCUCUUAACCUGUCGUCCACCUCUACCUCCACAACAGGUUGAAACUGAAAUGGAAUGCGUGGAAGCGGCCCUGAAGACCAGUAUUAGGAAGGAGAUGGCUGUCAAGGCGAGCCCACAAGUGGUUUUUGAUGACUUGUUGUGGGGCGGCGUCAAUGGACAAAACGGUGUCGCUUGUGACGAUUUCUCAGUCGAUGACCUCCUUGACUUCUCGAACGAAGAUGGGUUUGUGGAAACAGAGGCUGAGGAAGACGAUAAAGAUAAAGUCAAGGGCUUUGCCUCUGUUUCGCCUCAGAAACAACCCCAGGACCCUGAGAACUCGGAUUUGUCUGACAAAAACGAACUUGGGCCCGAACCCACCAGCGAACUCAGCGUUCCGGCGGACGACUUGGAAAACCUCGAGUGGUUGUCUCAUUUUGUCGAGGAAUCUUUCACGGAAUUCACUACGUCUCUGCCGGCAGGGUUCAUCCCCGAGAAGCCCAAGACUGAGAAACGACCCGACCCGGCAACGCCUUUACCCGAAAAACCCUGUUUCAAGACUCCGGUUCCGGCCAAGGCCAGAAGCAAGCGAACCCGAACUGGCGGCCGGGUCUGGUCACUGGGGUCACCGUCGUUGACGGAGACAUCCUCGAGUUCUAGUUCCUCGUCGUCUUCUUCGUCUCCGUCGAGCCCCUGGCUCAUUUACCCCACCACCCAGAACCACGAGCCGGCCGAAGCGGGCGGGGAACCGGUCGCGUCAGUGGAGAAGCCUCCGAAGAAGCCCAAGAGAAGACUGGUGGAUGGAAGCUCGAGCCAGCCGCCUCGUCGGUGCAGCCAUUGUGGGGUGCAGAAGACCCCGCAGUGGAGAACCGGGCCCAAUGGAGCCAAGACCCUCUGUAACGCCUGUGGGGUCCGUUACAAGUCGGGUCGGCUCUUACCGGAAUAUCGACCCGCAUGCAGCCCGACUUUCUCGAGCGAGUUGCACUCCAACCACCACCGUAAAGUUCUAGAGAUGCGGAAGAAGAAGGAUGUCCCCGGCGUGCCCGAACCCGGUUUGACCAGACCUCCGGUGGUGCCCAGUUUUGGUUAGGCAGAAAGAAAAAGGUUUAAAACUUUAGUUAGCAAGUAGGGAAGAGGACAAUGUGAACCGGGGUUAGAUUAGAUUGAACCCGGUUCGAACAGGCCGGGUUAGUGUACAUUUUUUCUUUCGUUUUUCCUUUGCAUGGGUUGGUGCGGUAGGUUUGUAGGCAUGUAACUGAUUAGGCAGGACUUUACUAGUUUACUUAAUAUGUACUUAAUUUUUAAAUUA